UCACACUCAUCCAUGACUGCGGAAUCUCUCCCUGUCUCCUGAAGUGCUGGGGGGAGGAAGACACUACGGACAAUCUACAAACCUGCAAAAGAUGCAAAAGUAAAGUUAUUUUGCGAAGAAAGCCAAACUGUUCAAAGAACGCGAUUUGAGUGAAUUCGCAGUUACAAGCGUUUUGGCUUUAGUUUUUGACUUUUUGUAGAUUUUCGACAGAAGUAGCGAUAGAGGUAAAAGUUUUUUUCUUCUACCUUCUUUUCGCAUGUGCACAAACAAAAACCACACGGGUGGGAUUUUCAGAAGAAAACCAGAAAACUCGGUGGAAAAUUCGUUUGUUGAUAUAGCAGGUCUGUAACGUUAUGUUACUUGGACAAAAUCUUAACGCGAUCUACAGGACGAGCACGCGCCUCCGUUGAGUAUUUUCACUGGAUUCAAACGAAUUUUCGGCAAGUCGGAAAAACCCAUUAAAUUCUGUGGGGUUUAUUUAAAACUAAAGAGACACACACACACACACAAAAAGACGACAGAGGGACAAAUGUGGAGUUUCGUCUUGUGACUAACCAUUGGGAACGAGUUUUAUGAGAACUUCUGCUAAAUCUAAUCUGGGAUUGACUCUUUUCAGAAAAUAAAAGUGCUGAUGUCGUAGCUGUGUUUAUGGAGAACUGGGCUGGGUGCAGAGGUCAGAUGUAGAGGACCCUUUAUGAUAAUGAUGAUGAUGAUGAUGAUGAAGACUAUGCUGCUGCUGAUAUCAGUACUCCUAACUCAGGCUCUUCAGUCCCAGGGAAGACCUGCCACCCAAGAUGAGGUAUCCCAGGUUGAGCCCACACAGUUCACUUUGUAUCCAGGGGAAAAACUGGAGCUGAUCUGUAAAGGAAAAGAGGAGACACAGGAAGUGACCUGGACUAAAGACUAUGUUCCAUUGGUUGAUGGAGAACAUACACAACUACGGAAUGAUCAUCUAGAGAUCGAGACUGUGGAACCGGCCGACUCUGGCGUGUAUGCUUGCUUUGCUCAGGGACCCAACAGCAACCACACAAAUUACUUCAAUGUCAACGUUACAGAUGGAUUGGCUUCCUCAGAAGAUGAUGAUGAUGAAGAAUCUUCCUCAGAGGAGGCCAAGCUAUCAAGUAGCCAGAAACUGCAUCCGAUGCCUCCAGUCUGGGCUCAACCUGAUAAGAUGGAGAAGAAGCUCCAUGCGGUUCCAGCUAGCAAAACUGUCAAGUUCCGUUGCCAAGCCAAUGGUAACCCUACACCAACCCUCAAGUGGCUCAAGAACGGCAAAGAGUUCAAGAGGGACCAGCGAAUAGGAGGAUUCAAGGUUCGAGAGCACAUGUGGACCAUCAUAAUGGAGUCAGUAGUGCCGUCAGACAAAGGCAACUACACCUGUCUGGUGGAGAACAAAUACGGGAGCAUCAACCACACCUACCAACUGGACGUAGUCGAGCGUUCACCACACAGGCCAAUCCUUCAGGCUGGGUUGCCUGCUAACCGUACAGCAGUGGUGGGAAGUGACGUGGAGUUUGAGUGUAAAGUCUUCAGUGAUCCUCAGCCUCAUAUCCAGUGGCUGAAACACAUUGAGGUGAACAGCAGUAGAGUGGGCCCUGAUGGACUGCCUUACGUUCGGAUCUUGAAGCAUUCUGGGGUCAACAGCUCGGACUCACAGGUCUUGACGCUGUACAACGUGACCGAAGAAGAAAGUGGGGAAUAUAUAUGUAAAGUGUCCAAUUAUAUAGGCCAAGCCAACCAAUCAGCAUGGCUCACCGUCAUUAAACACCCCUACCAAGCAGUUCCCCCGACUCAGCUGCCCAACCAGACAUACUUGGAGGUGCUGAUCUACUGCGUGGGCUUCUUCCUCAUCUGUGUGAUGGUGGUGACCGCCGUACUGGCCAAAAUGCACAGCUCGGCCAAAAAGAGUGACUUCAACAGCCAGCUGGCCGUCCACAAGCUGGCCAAGAGCAUCCCACUGCGCAGACAGGUGUCAUUGGACUCCAGCUCUUCAAUGCACUCAGGGGGAAAGCUGGUCCGCACCUCCCGUCUCUCCUCCAGUGGCUCACCUAUGCUCUCAGGGGUCUCUGAAUAUGAACUGCCCCAGGACCCUCGCUGGGAGGUACUCCGAGACAGGCUUGUUCUUGGUAAGCCACUUGGAGAAGGUUGCUUUGGGCAGGUGGUGAUGGCAGAGGCUGUGGGCAUGGACAAAGACAAACCCAAUCGUGUCACCAAGGUUGCUGUCAAGAUGCUCAAAUCCGACGCCACAGAGAAGGACCUGUCAGACCUCAUCUCAGAGAUGGAAAUGAUGAAGAUUAUUGGCAAACAUAAGAACAUCAUCAACUUGCUGGGAGCCUGCACACAAGACGGUCCACUCUACGUCAUUGUGGAGUUUGCAGCAAAGGGUAAUCUACGAGAAUACCUGCGUGUACGUCGUCCUCCCGGAAUGGAGUACUGCUACAACCCAGACCAGGUGCCCGUGGAGAACAUGUCAUUCAAAGAUCUUGUCUCCUGCGCCUACCAGGUGGCACGUGGCAUGGAAUACCUGGCAUCCAAGAAGUGUAUUCAUAGAGACUUGGCUGCCCGUAAUGUUCUAGUAACUGAAGAAAACGUUAUGAAGAUAGCAGACUUUGGCCUGGCCAGAGACAUCCAUCAUAUUGAUUACUACAAGAAGACCACCAAUGGUCGGUUACCGGUGAAAUGGAUGGCACCUGAAGCUCUGUUUGACCGCAUUUACACCCACCAGAGUGACGUGUGGUCUUUUGGAGUGUUACUGUGGGAGAUCUUUACUCUUGGUGGCUCACCAUAUCCAGGUGUUCCUGUAGAGGAACUCUUUAAACUGCUUAAGGAAGGCCACCGCAUGGACCGCCCCUCCACAUGUACCCACGAACUGUAUAUGAUGAUGAGAGAUUGUUGGCAUGCUGUUCCAUCUCAAAGACCCACUUUCAAACAGCUGGUAGAAGAUCUAGACCGCACCCUCUCUAUGACGUCCAAUCAGGAGUAUCUGGACCUGUCGGUGUCUCUGGACCAAUUUUCUCCAAAUUUCCCAGACACACGCAGCUCUACCUGCUCCUCUGGUGAAGACUCUGUGUUCUCCCACGACGCUGGUGCUGAUGAACCCUGCCUGCCCAAGUUCCCCCCGCACCCUAACCGCGGAGUGCCGUUUAAAAAGCGCUGAGCUUCCUGAAUCCGUUACUCUUCAGUGUGCUACCUGGCUGGACUCAACCCACGAACUCUAGGAGAGAUAACGCUUUGCCACAUAGCACACUACUACAGAACUGCCAAGAGACGAACUGCUUGGGAUGGACAUCGCCGCGUUACGGCUAUUUUUAUACAGCUGUAGGAGAGCAAACUGGUCAUUUACUGAGGGCACUUGAGCAAAGAGUAGUAGCAAAGAGCAUUUCUGAAGACUUUUCAAUACGAAAUAUCUGAAACAUCCUCCUUUGUCAUGUACAGUAGAUAAAACCUUAAAGAAGUGAUAUCAUUAAGUGUGAUGGACAGAUGGUUGGAUUUGUUUGUUUUUUCUGGUGAUGUUUAACAAGGACCUUUCUAUUGUUUCUGAGACCAAAUACUUAAGAAAAUGUAUUCCACUAAGGUCUACCCUGUUGCAUUUUAACAUCAGGCAAACAGUUUAUCCGACUGACAACUUUUCUUGUAAAUAUAGCUAGAAAUGUAUAAAUAUGAAUAUAUUUACACUCUACCCUUAUUUUUAUUACACUAUUUGAAUUGUGUUGCUUUUUUGUACCAGGGUGCCUAUGUAGAACUUUUUGAAGUGUAGCUUUUUUGAAAGAGACUGUAAAACAUCCAUGAGAAUUGUAGAUGAAAUUAUAUUAUUAAGAGCUGAUAGAUGGCCAGUUUUGUUACUCUGUGUGCGUGUGUGUCAGUGCUGCAGCCUGGCAGAAGUGGCUCAUAACUGCUGCUAUCUCCCAGAUGGUACUCGGUACAAUGUCAGAUUUAAGCUAUAUGUAUAUCUGCUACUAUAGUUGAAAAACAGCUAGCCUACUGUUUUAUGGUUCUCAUCUUCUGUCUUACAUUGGGAAAGUUCACCUAAAAAUGAAAGUUCUGUCAUGAUUUACAAUGAAAUUGAAUGAAAGUGACUGUUAUUCUGGCUAAUGUCUCCUUUUGUGUUCCACUGAUGAAACAAAGUUUGGAACAACAAAAGGGUGAGUGAUAGAAUUUUGGGUGAACUAUUCCUUUUAAUGAGUCAGUACCACUUAAUGAUACAUUCUUUAAUGGUCAUAGGAGAAAAAAAAAAAGAAA